UAAAAAAAAAAACAAAACAAAAAACUAUAAUGUACAGUAAAAAAAACAACAACUAUAAUGUACAGUUUAAAAACCUAUAAUGUAAAGUAAAAUAAAAAAAUAAAAAUAAAAAUAAGUUUGUGUCUCUUAGCAGCCACAUUUAAACCCAAACUGAGACAUCAGUGCGCUUUCAGUUGUCAGAUCUUUGUGGAGGAGAAGGUCCAUGAUGAGCUCUGAGACGCUGCAGCAGAUCCGGGAGCUGGAGGAGAAGAUGAUCAGUCUGGAGGAGCAGGACGAGCUGUGGUCUCGUAAAGAAGCUCAGGUCCUGGAGAAGCUCGACCGCCUGAAGAAGGAGCAGAAAACGAUCCUGGAGCCUCUGAGACGAGAGCUGGAGCAGACAGAGAAGAGCUUCAGGACAGAGCUGGAGCAGGCAGAGAGGAGCUUCAGGACAGCGCUGGACGAGAGGAGGAACAAGGAGGAAGAACACGCAAGGAGAGAGGAAGAACUACAGAUGAAAAUACAAGACGCACAACACAGGAAAAGAGAGUCAGAGGAGUUGUUCUUCCAGCAGAGGGAGCAGCUCAUGGCUCAGAUCUCGGACUUGGAUCAGGCUCUGGUCCGACAGGAUCAGGAGCACAAGACCGAACUGGAGAAAGCGAAGAAGGAACAAGAGGAACGCAUCAACAAAAAAGUCCAAAAGCUGGUGUCGCAGAGGCGGCAGGAGGUGGAGGAGGAGGAGCAGGCGUCGCUCCUGUCGCAGUGGCGCAGGGAGAAGGAGCAGAACGACAGGUGCAGGGAGGAGAUCGCGGACGCCCAGAGGGAGAAGGACGAGCUCCUGGACGCCAUCAAACUCCUGAGGGACCAACAGAGGGAGAUCCACCUCCGCACACACACCACCAAACAAACCUGCGAGAACAUGAGGAAGAUCAACCUGACCCUCAAGCAGGUCUGGACCAGGACUAAACCAGGACUAAACCAGGAGAUGGGGAGGUUGUCCAGGAAGUUGAAGGACCUGAGCAAGAGAACGUUGAGUCUGAACGAGGAGAAGGUGAAAUCUCAGGAGCUCACCGACAAACUCAGGGAUGACUACAGAGUUCUGUGCCUGAAGCGGGAGGAACAGAGAGCGGAGAUCCUCAGACUGAAGGAGGAGGAGAAAAGAGCGAGGAGGAGGAGGACACACGAGGAGAGGAACCUACACACUACCUCUGAACCUGCCUCCUCUGAACCUGCCUCCUCUGAACCUGCCUCCUCUGCACCUGCCUCCUCUGAACCUGCCUCCUCUGAACCUGCCUCCUCUGCACCUGCCUCCUCUGCACCUGCCUCCUCUGCACCUGCCUCCUCUGAACCUGCCUCCUCUGAACCUGCCUCCUCUGCACCUGCCUCCUCUGCCUCCUCUGCACCUGCCUCCUCUGAACCUGCCUCCUCUGCACCUGCCUCCUCUGCACCUGCCUCCUCUGAACCUGCCUCCUCUGCAACCUGCCUCCUCUGAACCUGCCUCCUCUGAACCACAUCCAUCAAACAGGUCUGGUCCAGGGUCCAGGUCUGGUCGGGUCCCGUGGGUCCGGUCUGGUGUGGGGCGUCUGUGUGAGUUGGAGCAAUACCUGGAGGGGGCGCUGUCUCCUGCAGACUCUGACCUCUGACUCUGCAUGUUUUUAUGAGUUCAA